UACCAAUCUCCAAAUUGCCGUUCAAUUUCUUCGAUCCAUUUAGUUUGACGCUCAGCCCUCGAGCGACACUCAGAUUGCUCUUGUUCCUUCCGUCCAUCAUCCCCAUUACAUCCAACAAUAAUUAACUAUGCCAGGCGACGAAACACUGCAAAAACAUCAAGAGGACUCUGACUCGGACGUCGAGGAUGACGAUGUCGCAGAUGUGAUUCCCAAAAUCGAUGUUGACCCCUCAAAACUCACGCCAUUGUCACCAGAGGUGAUAUCAAAACAGGCUACAAUCAACUUGGGUACCAUUGGUCAUGUCGCCCACGGAAAAUCGACAGUCGUAAAGGCUAUCUCCGGUGUUCAGACUGUCCGGUUCAAGAACGAACUAGUGCGGAAUAUUACUAUCAAGCUUGGCUAUGCCAAUGCCAAAAUAUACAAAUGCGAAAACGAUGCUUGCCCACGACCCGGAUGUUACCGCUCGUACAGAUCCGACAAAGAGGACAACCCACCUUGUGAACGACCAGGAUGCGGCCAUCGGAUGAAACUCAUCCGGCAUGUUUCCUUCGUUGAUUGUCCAGGACACGACAUUCUCAUGGCCACCAUGUUGAACGGUGCUGCAGUAAUGGACGCCGCUCUGUUGCUGGUCGCGGGUAACGAAACAUGCCCUCAACCGCAAACGUCCGAGCAUCUUGCAGCGGUUGAAAUCAUGAAAUUAGAGAACAUUAUUAUUCUCCAAAACAAGGUCGAUUUGAUCAAAGAGACUCAGGCCUUAGAGCAUCAAAAGAGCAUCGUUGCCUUUGUCAAAGGCACCGUCGCUGAAUCGUCACCCAUCGUGCCCAUAUCGGCCCAGUUGAAAUACAACAUUGAUGCUGUCAACGAGUACAUCGUGAAGCGUAUCCCAAUUCCCGUUCGCGAUUUUACUUCAGAUCCAAGACUCAUUGUUAUCCGGUCCUUUGACGUGAACAAGCCAGGGUCGGAAGUAGACGAUCUCAAAGGCGGUGUUGCUGGAGGGUCAAUUCUCACCGGUGUACUUCGUCUCGGUCAAGAAGUAGAGAUUCGACCUGGUAUUGUGACGAAGGACAACGCAGGGCGUAACAAGUGUCAGCCCAUCUUCAGUCGAAUUAUGUCACUGCACGCGGAGAACAACUUGCUGCAAUUCGCUGUUCCGGGCGGGCUCAUUGGCGUUGGUACGAGAAUAGACCCUACGCUUUGCAGAGCGGAUCGUCUUGUCGGGCAGGUCCUGGGUGCGGUUGGGAAGUUGCCCAAGAUUUUUACAGAGCUUGAAAUCAGUCUCUUCUUACUUCGUCGUCUAUUGGGUGUCAAGACGGAGGAUAAGAAACAAACCAAAGUUAGCAAACUCGUCAAGAGUGAAUUACUUUUGAUAAACAUCGGAUCAACCUCUACGGGUGGCAGAGUUCUCAGCGCCAAAGCUGACUUGGCUAAGAUCCAAUUGACUUCUCCCGCCUGUACGGAAGUAGGUGAGAAAGUCGCACUGUCAAGGAGAAUCGAGAAGCAUUGGAGACUGGUUGGUUGGGGAAGUGUACAACGUGGUACAGUUCUGGAGGUAGACUAA